AUGGCGCCUACCAUUGUACUCAUCACCGGGUGCAAUAGAGGCAUUGGAAAGGGCUUACUCGAACGCUAUCUUGCCAAGCCCAACCACACCAUCAUCGCUGCCAACCGGGAUCCUAAACACGAAACAUCGCAGGCUCUGUUCAAUCUGUCCAAGGCCGAGGGUACCACGCUGAUUCUCAUCAAGAUUGAUGCGACAGUCCAAAGUGACCCGGCCAAUGCUGUCGAGGAACUGGCAGGUCGUGGCAUUGACCAUCUAGACAUUGUCAUUGCCAAUGCUGGCAUCGCGCGGCUUUGGGUCAAAGUCUCCAAGGUUACUGCAGAGCAGAUGCAGGAGCACACCGUGGCCAACACUUAUGGUUUCAUUUGGCUGUUCCAGGCUCUUUUGCCGCUCUUGAAGAAGUCAAAAAAGCCUACUUGGGUGACAAUCGGCUCUUCUUCUGCAUUCCUGACUAACAUGCUUCCCAUGAAGAAUGCUGCAUACGCUCCAUCAAAGCUCGUCGGCCACUGGCUUACCAAGGCGAUCCACAUUGAAGAGCCUUGGCUCACAGCGUUCCCUAUUGAUCCGGGUUGGGUCCAAACCGACCUCGGCAAUCGUGGUGCCGACGCCUUUGGCUACCCAGAGGCCGCUGUUACUGUUGCUGACAGUACAGAUGGAUUGGUCAAGGUCAUUGAUGCCGCUUCAAGGGAUACACAUAGCGGAAAACUGUGGAGCUUUGAGGGACAGGAACUACCUUGGUAA